CGUCAAAUCUCAAGCUAGCACUGUCAGAACGUAGAUAAAUUUCAACACAGCCAGAAAUUGAAAGCAGCUCCAUAAGUACCCGGGAAUCUACCGAUCCCGAAAGAGCGGUUACCUCAAAAUUUAGCCAGAUCCAAUCCCCUACAGCAGCAGAGCAGCAGGAGCAGCAAGAGAUCGCGAUUCGGAAAGUGAGUAGCCAUGCACAAGCAUCGUUCGCCCUUCACAGCCGGCCCGGGAGGAUUUGGCGCCGGUGCUUAUAACUUCAACGGGCCGCAGUACGGCGACACCGGGGGCUUCGGUCCGGGGGCGGAUGGCCUCAACGGGAUGCCCUACCUGGCCCACACGCCCACCAAGCCCCUAAUGCGCUCGAUCAGUCGCCAGCGCUCCCUCGCCGAGGAGGCGGGCCUGGAGUCCCUGCCGCCGCCCCUGAUAAUGGCCCAGCGCAUACUGGCAGGCGGAGCCGGCGGAGUGGCUCUUGGUGGCGGCAGCAGCAGCGGAGGCAGUGUCGGAGGCAGCGGUAUGCAGCGGGGAUCUCCCGGCUCCAGCUACUACGGGCCGUACGAGGGCGAUGUGUCAAUGCUAUCCUUGUUGGAGGACAGCCCCAAGGGGCCGCCGCCCCUCGCGGGAAUGGGCCUCAAUCCGCACAUGAAUCUGAACCUGAAUCUGAACAAGAGUGCGAAUCAAAAGGAUGCUCAGCAGCAGAAGAAGGCAGCUGCACAGCCUUCAUUGGCCGAUACCGACUCCGAGAGCGAUCUGUGCAUGCAACUGAAGGACGUCGCCGGGCCUGGGAAGUCCUCCCGCUGGCAGCGCGCCUUCGGCUGCCUGAUGGCCGCUCUCCCGGAGCAGCGGCGGCAUCGCUGGGAGGUGGUCCUCCGGCGCUGUGGCCAGAGUGUGAUGGCCAAGCACCUGCUGAUGGUGCUGCAACUACUAGCCUUGAUUGUCGGAGCCGGCCUGGGCCAGGCGGGGCGAUUGGUUAGGAUGUUCGGCGGCGUCCGGUUCCGGCUCUGGCGCACCAAGUUCCAGCUGCGCAGCACCAUGCGUCACUUCUUGUGGCGCCUCACCAACGCCAAGGGCAACGACACGGUCAUCUUCCUCAUCGUGGUGCUGGCCACGCCCUGGCUCUUCCUCAUCAGCCUAGUGGGGUUCGGCAUAUCGCUCCUCUUCUCGAUGAGAACGGGCCUGGUGGAGUGCAUCCGUCAGCUGCGCCUGCGCCUCUUUUAGGUCCCUAAAUCAAAUCAACACGUCGCGGCGAGGAAGGGCGCCAAAGGACAGCAGCAACAGGACAGGCGCCCUUCCCACACACACAUGCCAUCAGCUCAUACCAGAUGAGCUCCGAAACAGACGCAUUCCAGCAAUGCCACUCGCCCCUUCCAUGAAAAAACUUUCGCCAGGACACACGAGCAGGACAUUCCCGAAACAGAACCAGUCUAGCUAUGCACCAGUGACACGGAACAUCUAGUAUAUUUUGUGUUGCAGCAACCAAUAAACCGCAGAAAUGUGCGAAA